AUGGAAUCAGGAAACCAGACAAGUGUGCCAGAAUUCCUCCUCCUUGGUCUCUCAGAAGAUCCAGAACUACAGCCCCUUCUCUUUGGGCUGUUCCUGACCAUGUACUUGGUCACUGUGCUUGGAAACCUGCUUAUCAUCCUAGCUGUCAGCUCUGCCUCUCACCUCCACACACCCAUGUAUUUCUUCCUCUCCCAACUCUCCUUGGUCGACAUCUCUUUCACUUCCACUAUAGUCCCCAAGAUGCUGGUGAACAUACAGACAGAGAACAAAGCCAUCACCUACACAGGCUGCCUCACUCAGGUAUAUUUUUUUAUGGUUUUUAUAUGUAUGGACAAUUUACUUCUGACUGUGAUGGCUUAUGACCACUAUGUGGCCAUCUGCCACCCUCUGUAUUACACAGUCAUCAUGAACCUCCCCCUCUGUGGCCUCCUGAUUCUUCUCUCUUUGUUCAUUAGCAUUAUGAAUGCCUUGCUCCACACUCUGAUGGCGUUCCAUCUGUCCUUCUGCACAGACUUGAAAAUUCCCCACUUCUUCUGCGAACUCGCUGAGAUCCUCAAACUCGCCUGUUCUGAUACUCUUAUCAAUAACAUCCUGGUGUAUUUAGUGACUAGCUUGUUGGGUGUUGGUCCCCUCUCAGGGAUAAUUUUCUCUUAUACUCGAAUUGUCUCCUCCAUCCUGAGAAUCCCAUCAACUGGUGGAAAGUAUAAAGCCUUUUCCACCUGUGGGUCUCAUCUGUCUGUUGUUUCCUUGUUCUAUGGGACUUGUGUUGGUGUCUACCUUAGUUCUGCAGCUAAUUUCUCCUCCAGGAGGAGGGCAGUGGCCUCAGUGAUGUACACUGUGGUCACUUCCAUGAUGAACCCCUUCAUCUACAGCCUGAGGAACAGGGACAUUAAGGGGGCCUUGAGGAAACUCAUCUCUGGAACAUUUUCCUUUUCAUGGUUCUGUCAUCUGCCUUGGUUCAAGUGA